AUAUAUUUCUCAUCGUUACCCGUUCUCUCUACAGGAAGCCAUGACUGGUACCCAUUGUCCUCCAAGGUGAAGUUCCUGAAGGAUGAGAAGAUUGUCCAGCUACUUAAGUUUGGCUCAUGGGUCACCAGCGCUGGGCACGCCGACUUCUACAGCAUCAUGACCGUUAGUCCGAAGUUCACAGGAAACUAUGAAAACAUGUCGCUCUUUGUAGUGUACAAGGAUGAAGUGCGGGCCAAUACUGAAGAUUGGAGUGCCCUGGGGAUGCAUGCCAACCAUUCUGGCCCAAUGAUAGUGGAGGGCAAAUUUGAUGUUGAGAGGAUGAUUGGCCCAGCUGGUGAUGGGAGCAAAAACAUGGUCGAGUGCAUAGACGCCUACUUCCUCCUGCUUACAUCAUCCUGUUGGAAUGGAAUUGCUAUGGGCUGCCUCGACCUCGCUCGCCGCCACCUCACCUCCAGUGCUCACGCAGACAUUGGUAUGCGGGUGUGUGACUACCCAACCAUCCAGGAUGCCUAUGGGGAGUGUGUUAUAGAGAGCACCUCAGCACGCGCCACAGCCUAUUUACUGUGCCAGAUGAUGGACUCUGUCACAAAUAACAAUGACUGGACCAUUCAUUCUGACCUGAGUGUUACACCAAGGUCAAGCAAGAUACACUGGUGUUGGCAAUUGAAGUUUACUGCUGCAAAGAAUGUGGCAAACGUAACAGAGAACAUGCUGCGGGUGUGUGGCGGUACUGGCUAUAAAACAGAACUGGGACUUGAGAGACUUUACCGUGAUGGGAAGGCUGGAUGGGUCAUGGCCCCCUCUAAUGAAGUUUUGCGGAAUCUGAUUGGUCUGGCAGCACUGACUGGCUUCCCCUCUAUUGAUCUAUGGGAGGAGUCCACAAACCAGCGUGUAGUGCAACGAGAAGUGAAAAAGAUGUCACCCAGCCAGAAGGAAGCCUUGGGACGCCAACUUCUUGAUGAGGCGGCCCGUGAAGCAUCUGAAAUACCUCCCUCACAUCCCUAUCAGGACACUGACUUUACCAACCCUUUUAACACUGCACCACCUGCAUCAGCCACAGAGGUCAAAAGCAGUGAUGGAGUUUUGCAUCAUGCAGCACUUCACCAAGACACAUGGACCCCACUGACCCUCACAUCUCAUACAGAUCUUACCAAGAAGAUGGCUGCUUUCACCUUUUCGCUCACCAGACCCACAGACCACACGGGUUGCCUUCCUGGACAGUUUGUAGCU